AUGAAACGCCUAGCUACCUUAGCCAAGCUGUCAGUGAGGAAACCUCACACAUCCCAACUGACACAAGCAGGAAACUAUGAAUGUUUCAGCCAGUAUCAAAAGUAUGCAGGGAUGCAGCUGAUCAAAAAGCUCAAAAUAAAGUCGGGAAGCACUGUUCUUGACCUGGGAUGUGGUACAGGCUCACUUGCAAAGGUACUGUCAACACAAGUUGGGGCUAAUGGAAGAGUGAUCGCUGUUGACCCAGAUGAGGAGCGAUUGGAGAUUGCAGUGCAAAAAUACUCAUCUGCAAAUAUCGAAUUUAUUAAAGCCAAUGACAAAAGUUUUCCACUUGGAAAUUACGAUGUUGUGUUCUGCAAUGAUAGCAUACAGUGGAUCAGAGAUAAGGAAGGACUGUACAGACGUGUGUAUCAAAAUCUUUUACCUGGUGGCUGCUUUGCAAUCUCAACUCCUGACACUAGCUUCCCGAUUCCACACAUAGGGAAAAAGUUGUUUGACAAUCUGCUUAGCCCAGGUUUUCUUCCCCGAAUGAACAAGCAAGUCAUGACCUACCUCAGUGCCAAUGACUACAAGCACAUGGCAGAUAAUACCGGGUUCCAGAUUACCUCCAUGACAUCGGAGAACAUUGCACUGUAUUGGACAGACCUUGACCACUAUAUCGAUGCAAUGUACGGCUGGUUUGGAGGAGAAUUUGACCCGUCUCAGCUUCAUGAAAAUGCUCUUAACCAGCUAAGAAAGGAAAGUGGUUAUGCCCCAAUCAGUUUACCUGAGCCUAUAAAGAAACUGGAGUUUGUUCUAAGUAAAUUUCUAGAUCUAGUCUAA